AUGGCGUGCACCGAUGAUGCUGGGAGCGCAGCGCCCGCAGCCGAGCGCUGCGCCUCCCGGGGACUCACGCUGAAAGCGGCCCUUGCACGCCUCGGCCUGCCACAGGGUACCGUGCUGACGAUCCAUGUUCUUGGUGCCAGCUUCCGCGAGGAGGGCAGCAACCUGACUGCCACAGCCGCCGCCUUCGGUCCGCUCUUGUCGGCGCUGGCCGGGCAGCUGGCCAAGGUGCGGCUGCUCCUUGUUGGCCCCACUGCUCUUGGUCCCACGGACACGCCAGCGGCGGCUGAUGCAGAGCUUCGCUUGCCCUCGGGCCUUCUGCUAGAGACGCGACAUCGCCAAGGCCUCUACCACGAGGUGGGUGUCGAGGCCUGGGAUCCCGAUCUGGUCUGCGCCUUCCAGCCGGGCUUUUACGGUUACGCCACCUGGGAGCGCAGCAUCCGGAAGGUCAUCCAGCUGAAUGCCCCUUUCGUCGCCACGAGCUACAGCUACGAAGAGGCUGAGGAGGAUCAGCACACGUUGCUGGCCGAAUUCGGCUGCGACGCCACGUGCUGGGAACCACCCGGCUGGCAUCCCGAGGCCAAUGCCUUCGCAUCUCCGCUGCGCAGUGGGGAGCAGCAGGAGCAGUGUUGCUGGCAGUGUUUCGUGCCGCCGGGCUACCGAAGCGCCAAGCCAGAAGCAGCCGUGGACUCGGAGGAGCGCAGCAGUCCCAUUCUUAGCAUGUCAAAGUGCCCCUGUGCUCUCCGGAUCCUUGUGCAACGCUCCCACGGCGUCGGGAUGUUCGUUCUCUGGGUCUGCCAGGAUGCAAAGCCUGCUACGUCGUCCGGCUACAAGACAGCCGCUCGCGACGACCACUGCACCGAGCGCUACAGAGCAGACUGUGCACGGCAUGAGGAGAAUCUCAGCCAGCUCCGCCGAAACAUGGCGGAGCUUGCAGAGGAGUAUGCAGCCAUUCUGGAGUCGCAAGAGUCAGAGCACUUCGAUUGGCUCUUUGCCUGGCAUCAACGGCUGCUGCGAAGCAUAACGGCUGUUGGUGAAACCAGUUCGGCAGGCAGCGACUGGCACGACUUCAAGCGUAAAGCUCAUAGGGUGACUCAGGACGUUGCUGAGACAAGAAAGGCAGUGGCACACCAUGCUGAAGCUGUGCGGGCACAGAUGGACAGCCACCAGCUGCAGGCGCAGCUUCGGAAGACGCGGCGGUGCCUCGCACAGCUGGAGGCCCAACGCCAGCGGAGCCGCCAGGAGGCGCGCAAGCUGAGCGAGUUAGAGGUCCGCAGUGGUCAGGAAGCUGCAGAGCAGGAGCUGCGACGAAGCAACGAGCUGCAAACCUCCGUGGCGCGACGGGAGAAGAAAGAGGAGCAGCUACAAAGGCUGCGCAGUACCACCUCGGAGGCAUCGAAGAACUGCGCUGAGAUGCGUGCUGAGUUGGAGGAGAUGAGGUCGCUGGCCAGGCCCAUGCCUUCUCAUGUGUACAAGAUUCGAAUGCAGCGUUUGAAGGCUGAGCUCAUCCUCCAACGAGACGAGCACCUGGUCAGGACUGAAGAGGCCUGCCGGCUCUCCGAGCAGGGGCACCGCCAGCGCCUGGCGAAGGAGCUUGCCGUGUGGCAGCACCGCUGCCAGGAGCUCUCGAACAAGAAGGCUCUUGCCGAAGAGGACCUGGAUACCGCUUCCCGACAGCGCGCCAAGAUACCGACACGAAUGGUGACAUGCAUAUUGGACAUGAAGAACCCCAUGCAUAAAGACGUAAAGGAAACGAAUAGGUUAUGCGGUUAUCCCUGCGGCGCGCAAGCACGCAGCCGCGACUCCUCGAAGACGACAGUCUCGCUGAUUUCGCAUCCGAGCGGGGCGGCGGAGGUGCGGCAGUUCCGGAAGGCGCGCGGGGCGGCCACGACGCUGCAGCGCAGCUCGGUGCUUGGCGGAGGACGUCAGGGCGGCGUGCUGCAAAGCGGGCUAGGCACGCGGCGGCGGGAGCAUGGCCGGCGCCAUGCUGCGGCAACUACCCUGCAGUGCUCCUGGCGCAGUGCGCGGGCAAGGCAGCAGUUGUUCGACCGGAUCGACAGGCGACGGAUCGAAGAGGAGGACAGGGCCGCGGACGGUGGGGACGGUGAGGAUGAGGAGAAUGACGAGCUUCCCGACUUCCUCUCACAGACGGGGCCGGAGCAAGACCUCUUCAGUCCCCCGCACGACGGGGAUUCCUUGCUGGAGCUCACGGAGGACCAGAGCCCAUGCAGCCCUGGAGCACCGAGUGAGGACAGCCUGGAGGUGCGAGGUGCCAGUGCGGCAUGUGCGGCCGGUGAGGACAAGGCUCGCGCCCAUGAGCGAGGUGAGAAAAAUAGGAGCCGAGCAGUGGACGAGGUGGCUGAAAGCGAGAAGGAACGGUAUUCGGCAGCCGAGGAGGCGCUGAAGGUGGACGGGGAUGCAGAGAAGCGUAGCACGAAAGCAGCAGAUGAAGAGGUGGCAAUCGACAAGGGCGCAUCUCCAGAGAAGGCGCCAAGCGUGGAAGGUGAUGCAAACAGCGUGGAAAGUGAUGCACAGGAGCCGAGCAGGAAGAAAGAUGGCUCCGGAGCAGCUGGCACAGAGGUUGCAAGCGAAAUGGACGAGGAUGUAGCGUCGGAGUAUGCUCCAAGCGUGGAUGCUGAUGCGCAGGAGCCCGGCAGGAAGCCAGAUAGCCGCCCUGCAGCAGCGGAGGAAGAGGCGACAAGCGAAAAGGACGCGGAGGCAGCAGCAGAGGCUCCCAGCGCAGAUGCGGAUGCACAGGAGCCGAGCAGGAAGAAAGGUGGCUCCAGAACAGCUGACACAGAGGUUGCAAGCGAAAUGGACGAGGAUGUAGCGUCGGAGUAUGCUCCAAGCGUGGAUGCUGAUGCGCAGGAGCCCGGCAGGAAGCAAGAUAGCCCUGCAGCAGCGGAGGAAGAGGCGACAAGCGAAAAGGACGCGGAGGCAGCAGCAGAGGCUCCCAGCGCAGAUGCGGAUGCACAGGAGCCGAGCAGGAAGAAAGAUGGCUCCGGAGCAGCUGACAAAGAGGUUGCAAGCGAAAUGGACGAGGACGUAGCAUCGGAGAAUGCUCCAAGCGUGGAUGCUGAUGCGCAGGAGCCGAGCAGGAAGCAAGAUAGCCCUGCAGCAGCGGAGGAAGAGGCGACAAGCGAGAAGGACGCGGAGGCAGCAGCAGAGGCUCCCAGCGUAGAUGCGGAUGCACAGGAGCCGAGCAGGAAGAAAGAUGGCUCCGGAGCAGCUGACGAAGAGGCCGCAAUUGAAAUGGACGAGGACGUAGCAUCAGAGUAUGCGUCAAGCGCGGAUGCUGAUGCGCAGGAGCCGAGCAGGAAGCCAGAUGGCCCUGCAGCAGCGGAGGAAGAGGCGACAAGCGAGAAGGACGCGGAGGCAGCAGCAGAGGCUCCCAGAGUAGAUGCUGAUGCACAGGAGUCGAGCAGGAAGAAAGAUGGCUCCGGAGCAGCUGGCGAAGAGCUUGCAAGCGAAAUGGACGAGGAUGUAGCAUCAGAGUAUGCUUCCAGCGUGGAUGCUGACGCGCAGGAGCCGAGCAGGAAGCCAGAAAGCCCUGCAGCAGCGGAGGAAGUGGCGACAAGCGAGAAGGACGCGGAGGCAGCAGCAGAGGCUCCCAGCGUAAAUGCUGAUGCGCAGGAGCCGAGCAGGAAGAAAGAUGGCUCCGGAGCAGCUGGCGAAGAGGCUGCAAGCGAAAUGGACGAGGAUGUGGCCUCAGAGUAUGCGUCAAGCGUGGAUGCUGAUGCGCAGGAGCCGAGCAGGAAGCCAGAUAGCCGCCCUGCAGCAGCGGAGGAAGAGGCGACAAGCGAGAAGGACGCGGAGGCAGCAGCAGAGGCUCCCAGCGUAGAUGCGGAUGCACAGGAGCCGAGCAGGAAGAAAGAUGGCUCCGGAGCAGCUGGCGAAGAGGCUGCAAGCGAAAUGGACGAGGAUGUAGCCUCAGAGUAUGCGUCAAGCGUGGAUGCUGAUGCGCAGGAGCCGAGCAGGAAGCCAGAUAGCCCUGCAGCAGCGGAGGAAGAGGCGACAAGCGAGAAGGACGCGGAGGCAGCAGCAGAGGCUCCCAGCGUAGAUGCGGAUGCACAGGAGCCGAGCAGGAAGAAAGAUGGCUCCGGAGCAGCUGGCGAAGAGGCUGCAAGCGAAAUGGACGAGGAUGUAGCAUCAGAGUAUGCUUCAAGCGUGGAUGCUGAUGUGCAGGAGCCGAGCAGGAAGCCAGAUAGCCCUGCAGCAGCGGAGGAAGAGGCGACAAGCGAGAAGGACGCGGAGGCAGCAGCAGAGGCUCCCAGCGUAGAUGCGGAUGCACAGGAGCCGAGCAGGAAGAAAGAUGGCUCCGGAGCAGCUGGCGAAGAGGCUGCAAGCGAAAUGGACGAGGAUGUAGCCUCAGAGUAUGCGUCAAGCGUGGAUGCUGAUGCGCAGGAGCCGAGCAGGAAGCCAGAUAGCCCUGCAGCAGCGGAGGAAGAGGCGACAAGCGAGAAGGACGCGGAGGCAGCAGCAGAGGCUCCCAGCGUAGAUGCGGAUGCACAGGAGCCGAGCAGGAAGAAAGAUGGCUCCGGAGCAGCUGGCGAAGAGGCUGCAAGCGAAAUGGACGAGGAUGUAGCAUCAGAGUAUGCUUCAAGCGUGGAUGCUGAUGUGCAGGAGCCGAGCAGGAAGCCAGAUAGCCCUGCAGCAGCGGAGGAAGAGGCGACAAGCGAGAAGGACGCGGAGGCAGCAGCAGAGGCUCCCAGCGUAGAUGCGGAUGCACAGGAGCCGAGCAGGAAGAAAGAUGGCUCCGGAGCAGCUGGCGAAGAGGCUGCAAGCGAAAUGGACGAGGAUGUAGCAUCAGAGUAUGCGUCAAGCGUGGAUGCUGAUGUGCAGGAGCCGAGCAGGAAGCAAGAUAGCCCUGCAGCAGAGGCUCCCAGCGUAGACGCGGAUGCACAGGAGCCGAGCAGGAAGAAAGAUGGCUCCGGAGCAGCUGGCGAAGAGGUUGCAAGCGAAAUGGACGAGGACGUAGCAUCAGAGUAUGCUUCAAGCGUGGAUGCUGAUGUGCAGGAGCCGGGCAGGAAGCAAGAUAGCCCUGCAGCAGCGGAGGAAGAGACGACAAGCGAGAAGAACAAGAUGGCAGCAACAGAAGAGGCCCCUCAUAUCAAUGGUCAUGUUUCACGAGAUGACAAGAAAGUUAUGGAGGAGAUGGAGGUCCCAGGUCAAAACGACAAGCACGCGUCGGAUGAAGCUCCGAGCUUGAUGGUGGGUACUGCACACGCGAUUGGUAAGAAAGCUGUUCUAGGACAGUCUAUCGACGUCGACACUUCAGAAGUGCUGCUGAAGAGUGACCUGGCACAAGGCCGAUCAGCACUAGAUGAUGUGGAUGGUUUCGGCUUGGAGAGAGCUGCUCAAGCCGCGCCAGCGCCAGCAAGGAGCCCGCCCCUCCCUGCAGUCCGUCGUGCCGUGCCUCCUGCAGAGCCUGCAGCGCCUGCACGCAUGGUUUCACAGCCAAGCUCUCAAAGACCCGUCCGAGCUGCGGACCGGCCACAGAGAGCGCGCCCGGACGAUUCGGACGAUGACGACUGA